AAAAUCCAUUGCAAGUCGCACGCUCAGACAAGCACCACGCACUUUCACCGUGAGCUCAAGUGUUGUGAGAUAGUGAUAUUGCAAGCAGAUAAAGGAUGCAUCCGCAGACGGCAAGUUGGGCGCUAUUGGCCCUGAUCUGCUCAUCGACGAUACUCCAGACGAUCGCGUACCCGCGACAAGUUCCAUUAAUAUCACAGGCAACCAGCAAUGUCCGGACACAAAACCCACAGUACUACAGCAACUCGUACCCAGUCCAGGAGCACGAGGUUGCCCAGGAGCGCAAGUACGCGGAGAAACCCAACGCGCUGAAGAAGGUCGCGCUAGACGACCUCGACGACAUCCAGACCAACUCCAUAUCAGACGGAGGCUUCUCUUGGUCUAACAUGCUUGGCAUGAUAAUGCAAAUGAUCUUCAACCCCGGCGGCACGGGCCCCAACAAGAGUGACAACAUCGACACCGACUCGGUUGCGCCGUCCCCCUGGGCUAACCUCUUUGCCAUGGGCCUUAAGAUCCUUACCGCCUUCCUCAGCGGAGGCGCCUCAAGCGAUGGUAUCGACAAGGUCGACAAUGGCUCUUCCCCCAUGCAGGGUAUAUUGGCUGCGGUACUGUCGACGAUGCUCGGUGCAAAAGACCCCGACCAAGUCGCCUCCAUGGCAAAGCAGGCUGGAGAGUUCAUCAACAUCGUAAUGAAUCUUCUGGAUGCCCUGAAGACCUCGUUCUCCCAUAGAUCUCUGACCGCCCGGUCCAUGGGUCGCAAGGACUCUGUCAGUGACGCCGCUUUGGCAGGUAUCGCCAUGCUGAAGACCUACGUGCGAUCCUUCGGCACGAGUGACGACAAGUGCCUCCAGAAAUACGUUUGCGAUGCCAACAAUGAGUGCUCCUCCGACAUCGGACCCAAGAGCGUGUUCUGUCAACUUGGAACAUACGCUGCCAGUUUCGUCUUGGAAAGACAAUCGGGUGGUUCAUUCGAGGAGUUCUCAGAGGCCGGUCGCCGCGGCCGCGCGGGAGUGGACUGCCGCCAAAUGUACCUCCAGUGCAACGAGGUCUAACCCUCUCCGCGCCGCCAAAUCGUACGCAGUAACAACGCAGCAGUGAUAAACGAUUUAAUGUUAUCAAGAUCCGAACUAAUUGGAAACAACAGAAACAUCCAAUUGAUUCCAGUGAUUAGAGACAUAAUAUUGCAGUGAGCAGUAGAUUAGUCAAAAUUGACGCUAUCGGCGUACUGAAUUUCGUUUAAAACAUAAAUGAAAUUAAGUACACAAUGGUAAUCUACAUUGGUGCCUUAAUGAUUGGAAUGUGCUCAAAACUUAUCCCAUCGGUUAAGAGCGCGUCAAGCAUAGUGUUCUAUUAAUUUAUUUAAAUUAUUUAUUUAUUUAACUUAUUUUAGAAGUUAAUAAGUAGGCAAACAAAGAUUAAAUGUAUCCAGGAGAUAUUGAUUCCGUCCAGUAGUCACUUUUUGAGUUAAAUUUCAGUUAUUGGCACAACUAAAUGCAUUUGUGUUGAAACAAUGAAUCCGCCAGUUUCUCGAUAAUUAACGACUGAUGUAAAAAUAAUUCUGUGUGAUAUACGAAUGGUAUGAAUACCUAUUAUUUAUAUCACUUACUAGUUAGUAUUGUAUAUUUUGUGAGAUCGAAUGAAUGGGGACGUCCGUGUGUGUAUGUUAUUUAUGUGAAAUAAAAAAAUGAAAAAUUA